CCUCCCCGGCGCGGCUAUAAAGCGGCCGCAAGGUGCGCGCUGCUGCCGUGCUCGCCCGUCACGGCGCGCCGCUCCCCACGGCCGCCCCGCGCACGGCAACCCGGUGCGCGCCGCCAUCCCGUCUGCCGGGCCAUGGACUCGGACGCCAGCCUGGUCUCUAGCCGCCCGUCCUCGCCGGAGCCCGAUGACCUCUUCCUUUCGGCCAGAAAUAAAGGCAGCGGCGGGGGCUUCACGGGUGGCACCGUGUCCAGCUCCACGCAGAGCGACUCCCCGCCGGAGCUGAGCGCCGAACUGCGCAGCGCCAUGAGUGCUGCGGGAGUGGUGGUGGUGGACAAGCUGGGCUUCAAGUCCUCGUCCUCCUCCUCGUCUUCCUCCUCCUCCUCCUCUAAGAAGGACAAGAAGCAGAUGACAGAGCCGGAGCUGCAGCAGCUGCGGCUGAAGAUCAACAGCCGGGAGCGCAAGAGAAUGCACGACCUGAAUAUCGCCAUGGACGGUCUCCGGGAGGUGAUGCCCUACGCCCACGGCCCGUCGGUGCGCAAACUCUCCAAGAUCGCCACUCUUCUCCUGGCGCGCAACUACAUCCUCAUGCUCACCAACUCCCUGGAAGAGAUGAAGCGCCUGGUCAGCGAGAUCUACGGCGGGCACCACGCCGGCUUCCACCCUGCCGCCUGCCCCGGUGGCAUGGGCGCCCACUCCGCGCCGCUGCCCGGCCACCCGGGCCACCCCGCCUCACACCCUGUCCACCACCCCAUCCUGCCCCCCGCCGCCGUCUCCAGCGCCUCCCUGCCUGGCUCAGGCCUCUCGGCCGUCAGCUCCAUUCGGCCUCCCCACGGGCUCCUCAAGUCUCCCUCCGCUGCCGCCGCCGCCGCCCCGCUGGGCAGCGGCUUCCAGCACUGGGGGGGAAUGCCCUGCCCCUGCAGCAUGUGCCAGGUGUCGGCCCCACCGCACCACCACGUCUCCGGCAUGGGCACCGCCAGCCUCCCCAGAUUAGCCACCGAUACUAAAUGAGCCCCUCACAGGGGCCGUCCCUCCUCGCCCCGCGCCGGCCUGGCACCUCCAGGACCUACAAACGAGCACCCCGGCUCGGCGGUGGCAGCGGCUCCCCCUGCCUCCCCGCUGCCGGUGCCGUCGGAGGGGCGACGGGAGGAGAUGGAGCCUGGCUCAGGGUCCCCCGCUCCCCGAACGGCGGGGACGACCACUCCGACACAAGUAAACGCCCGCCUAUCUUCAUUUUCAAUUUUACGUUGUUGUCGGCAGCUUCGCUAGGAGGUGAAAAUAAGCCCUAGGCUCGUCUAAAAUGGAGGCACCAAAACUGCAGAGGGGGGUUUUGUUCGUUUGCCUGUUUAUUUGUUUGUUUGUUCCAUUCUUCUCUCCACCUUUCCUCCCCCCUCUCCCCAGACUGGUUUCGUUUCUACACGUAGAGCCUUUGGAAACGUUUCUGGGUCACGUCCCGCCCCGGAAAGCGGCACAAGCCGCCACUCCGGGGAUUCCUGGCACUAGUGUGGAGCAGCGGAACUCCGUGUGGAAGUGUAGACGGGAAAGUCGGGUUCUUCUCCCGCUCUCCCGCUCGUGUUUUUUGGGUUGUUUUUUGGUGGGU